GGCUCUGUCCGUACCACUUCGGGCAGCGAGUGACAUGGACGAGCUGCUCUCGCCGUGCUCCUCCUUCUCGCCGCACUCGCCGGCAUCCUUCUUCUCCCACGCUGGCCACCCGGUCAUCGAGUUCGCCUCCUGCGAGGUCCCCGAGCAAUGGCUGCUCGGCGACGUCGUGGCCAAGAGCGAGGGCUACGACAACGGAGAGGAGCUGUGGCCCAUGGGGUCCUCACUCUCCCCAGACUCUGAGCUCUCCGAGCAGCGGCGGCCGCCUCCUCCGCCACUGCUGCAGCAGCAGGAGCCGAGCGUCACGGUCCCGGCGCAGCGGCCGGGGAAGAGGCGCGGACGGAAGCCCGGUCCCCGCCCGGACGGCGCCACCGUGAGCCACGUGGAGGCCGAGCGGCAGCGCCGGGAGAAGCUGAACCGCCGGUUCUGCGACCUCCGCGCCGCCGUCCCCACCGUCUCCCGCAUGGACAAGGCCUCCCUCCUCGCCGACGCCGCCGCCUACAUCGCCGAGCUCCGCGCCCGCGUCGCGCGGCUCGAGGCCGAGUCGAGGCGGGCCGCCGCGGCCAGGUGGGAGCCCAGCGUCGCGGCCUCCUCCUCCUCCUGCGCCGUCCAAGGCACGGGCGUCGUCGACGAGGCGGUGGAGGUGCGGAUGAUGGGGCCGGACGCGGCCGCGGUGCGCGCCACGAGCGCGAGCCCGCACGCGCCCGCGCGGCUGAUGGGCGCGCUCCGGGCCCUGGAUCUUCACGUCCAGCACGCCUGCGUCAGCCGCGUGCACGGCAUGACCGUGCAGGACGUGGUCGUGGACGUGCCCGCCGCGCUGCAGGACGACGACGGCCUACGCGCUGCGCUGCUCCAGAUGAUGCAGGACAGCGACUAGCUACUCCCAGCUGAGCUCGUCUCCACCCGUCCGCCCGUGCAGUACCCACUAUUCCUGUGCUCGAACAGUGCGCGAGUCACGUACUGGAGCUCAACGCGUGGCACGGGAGGUGCGUACGUAGAUGCUAAUGUUAA